AUGGAUCAAUCCAUUGGAACCAAUACCAACCCAAUUAAGGAGGCCUCAAAAAAGACUUCAAGUCCUGCUAAAGAAGACCCAACUCGUGAUCACACUGAUGAUGUGCAGAUAGAAACCGGGCCAGAAGACCUAUACAACCUGACUAGUCCGGCAGACGUGGAAGUCUGCAUUCUACCCUACACGCCAAAUGUGGAAACGAGCAUGGUUCAGGACAAUUCGACAGAACCAGGGAGUCAGGAUGACUCUGCACCAGAUUCGGUCAAAGAAGCCGAGGAAUACCCAAGAGAUCGAGACUCGACAGGAGGCUCAUCUCGGGAAUCUUCUAGCAUUGAACUGGGCCAAUAUGACGCGGAAGGGCACCCACAGGAUGAUUCCAAGAAUGAAGAACCCUCUGACAGUGACUACUCGGAUAAUGAAUUGACCCAAUAUGAUUUGGAUGAGGAGCCAGAUGAUGACACCGACGAGGAAAGAUCUUGCGGUAGUGACGACGAGUACCAACCAACGGAGGGAGCUCCGAAGCCAGCCAAGGGAGGGGCAAAAAUAGCACGGCCUAAGGGGAAGAAGCAGAACGCAAAAGCUCCAGCAACCCUGAAAGAAACGGUCAAGAGUCUGAUGACCAGGAACAUUCUGAGUGCUGCAAAUGAGAAUGCAACAAGAUUCCACCAAGGCAUCCCAGUGUCCCAAAAAAAGGACAAGGCAAAAGCGCUUAUGGAGGAGGUUGCAAAACUUCCAGCGGAAGACCAGCCACAGGCAAAAAAAGACGCAAGCGCGCUGCUUGAGGCCUCGAGGAAGUUCACACGUUCGGCGUCGAUUGAGAAUAUGGACUGGAAGAUUAAGGGUCUCAGGACCUUAUUGAAGCACCACCAGCUCAAAGCUGCUGCAUGGAUGCGCACCCGCGAAGAAUCCGAAGUGGAGCCAAAUGGAGGAUUGCUUUGUGAUGAGAUGGGUCUCGGGAAGACACUUACAGCACUCGCAAUUAUCGCCCAUGAAAAUUUCCAAAGUAGUAGAAAAUAUUCGACACUGAUCAUUGUCCCGAGGAGCUUGAUUGCACAGUGGAUUGAUCAGAUCGAUACACACUGCGAGGACAAGAUAAGACAAAGCGUUUUCGAGUAUUAUGCGGGUGCACGAACGGAUGACCGCAACGUUGUGAGCACGAUGCAGAAAAAGAUUAUUGUGCUCACCACAUAUGAGCAAGUCUGCAGUUCAUACCCGAAGUUAAAGCCACCAGUAACGAUCAAGUCUCCCGAAGAGUUUGAGGCAUGGAGGGAAGAGGAGUUCGCUCGCAGGGCUGGACCUUUCCAUAAGAUUGAGUGGCAUCGGAUCAUUCUUGAUGAAGCUCACUUGAUCAAGAACAAAGAUUGCGCGACCUCUAUUUCUGUUCGAGCGUUAGAGGGCAGAUUCAAAUGGGCUAUGAGUGGAACACCUUUGCACAACGGCGUGGAGGAGUUAUACCCAUACUUGCAUUUCAUCUUUACGUCGGAAAGAAUGGAAUAUGAGACUUUCUUGAAGAAACAUUCCAAUGGACUGGAUGAACUUCUUGAAACAGUACUGCACCGCAGUACAUACAGUACACGGAUACUUGGCAAGCCCAUCGUCACGCUUCCGGGAAUCAACAACCGAGUCGUGGAGGUUGAACUUUGCGCAGCAGAAAAGCUUCUUUAUAGGGAGAUUCAGGACCUUGGCGUUGCAAUGCUCAGUGGUUUGGCCGGCACAAAACAAAAGCAAAGCAAAUGCAUCUUGGCUGUGAUAACAAUGCUGAGAAUGUUUGUGAGCCACCCGCUCCUCGCCCAAAAGUUCCUCGAGGCCGCGCUCAAUAAACGUGUGAUCGAAGAGCUUAAAGCCAUGGCACAGCAAGAAGAUUUGGCCGAGACCCCAUCAGAGAUGAUUAUCAGCUUGAUUCUCUCCAUCGGAGCCAAGGUUGCUCUUCGACCAAGGCCACCAGGAGACUUUGACGAGCUUCGGAAAAUUUAUUACGAUCACAUGGCGUACAUCCAUCAACACCAGGGAAGAUAUCAAGAGCUUAUGCUCAAGGUAUGCCCUCGUUGCGACAACAUCGUAAAGGAGGAGAAUGAAUUUGUGAUCACAUCUUGUCAACACAUCUACUGCAAAGGCUGCUUCGAUGAGCUUCCUGACCAAAAUGGAGACACCAAUACCAUCACUCGCGUCUGCAGCUCCUGCAAGAUAUCCAUCGACGAGGCCGGAUACUCCCAUGAUUCGCCAAAGGGAUCGCCCAAGAAGAGCUCACCAAGAAAAAGAAAGCAGUCUAAAUCGGAGAAAACAGCCAAAAAAGUCAGCAAACCGCGAGGAUCAUUCAAAGAACAAGUUCUAUUGCGAGAUCUGUCAGAUGAGUGGGACGAACCCAGUGACAACGAGGCCGAUUGGGUUUCGUGCAUUGGUGAUCGCAUGCCAUCAGCGAAAACUACAGCGGUUCGGGAUCUUGUCGCAAACUGGGUGAAAGAAGACAAGGACGUUAAGAUCGUUGUCUUCGUUCAGUUCCUGAAGACUGCGAAGAUUCUUCAGUUCAUGUGCGAUCAGGAGGAAUGGGAAUACGCACUGAUCACAGGUAAGGUAUCUCCUACCUCGCGUGAUAAGAAGAUUGAGAAAUUUGCCAAGGAGAAAAACGUCAAGAUCAUGAUCACUUCUCUCAAGACUGGCGGCGUUGGUCUCAAUUUGACUAUGGCCAAUAAGUGCAUCCUCGUGGAUCCUUGGUGGAAUGAGGCAAUUCAAGACCAGGCAUACUGUCGUCUGUACCGCAUCGGACAACCACGCGCAGUGGAAUACGUCCAAAUUGUGGCCAAAGGAUCUAUUGACACAUGGAUGAUCAAAUUGCAGAAAGCAAAGACAUGGAAUAUCCGUCAGAUAUUCAGUACGGACUCGCUCAAGGAAAUCCUUGGUCUCUCCGGGGAGAUCCAUGAAGAACCAGACGGUGGAUUUUUGGUUUUCGCUGCGAAGGAAAACAAGCAUCUCCAUACCUGGACACAGGCUAUCGAUGGGAUCAUUGAAGAGGUGGAAUCUGCGGAAGAAGAUUAG